AUGGCCACCCAAUAUGAUCAUAUUGGAGCGGAAUACAACGCCAUAAAGGCACUACCAGUUGGCGCGCUGGAGCUAGCAGCCAUCAGAUCCCACAUUGGUGAUGUCGGCCAACUACGAGUCUUAGACCUUGCGUGUGGAACCGGCUACUAUUCCAAAAAGCUCAUCGAAUGGGGAGCCCGAGAAGUCGUCGGUUUGGAUAUUUCUGAGGCAAUGGUGAACGAAGCUCGCCGACAGUCCUCGGGAGAUCCACGGCUCGAGUUUCACGUUGCCGACUGCAGCAAACCUCUGGAGUCUCUAGACUUGGGAAGUUUCGAUCUUGUCAUCGCCAUCUGGAUGUUUAACUACGUCGCCACCGAAGAAGAAGUCUUUGCCAUUUGGCAGAACAUCCACAACAGCCUCAAGCCUGGUGGGAGGUGCAUUGGACUCACCCCAAAUCAAGAUUACCUCGUCAAAUCCUUCCCUGAGGGGCCACGAUUUGGGCUCUCAUUGAAAGGCCUUGAACCCAUUGAGAACGGAGUCAAGUUUCAAGUUACCGUGCACGCCUUAAACCCUUUUUCCUUCGAGAGUUACCUACUUGACCGCAAGAUCAUCGAAACAUGCGCCGCAAAGGCAGGGCUAUCCUUACGAUGGAUGCCACCUGUGAACCCCAAUGAUUCUCGAGUCGACUAUGAAGAUUUCCUGCGUCUACCCCACUUUAAACUCUUCACAGGGGUCUGCUCGGUGUAA